UCAUCGUCUAGUUUCGAUGUCUGAGGCGUUUCAGUAGUUUGCUCGUAAACUGAAAAACGUACGUUUCUUUAUUGUUUAAAUGUAUCUUUUGACAGCUACUCUGUGGCCUUUUUUCUCCUUUUACAAGCUGAUUAUUUAUUGGAAGAACUUCAUUUCCGCGUGAUUUGAUGUGUUGUUAUGGCAACAGAGUCACCUCCUGCGUAGCAUUCAAACAGCUGCAGCUAGUCCCGAGUUAUUUUCCGCUUCGCGCAUUGUAGACGACCCGGAGUUACACGGCUAUUAUCGAAGUCAUGGCUCAAUAUAGAGCCUCUGAGUCGAAGCGGGAGCAAUUUAGAAGAUACCUCGAAAAAUCUGGAGUCCUCGACACCUUAACAAGCGUUUUAGUUGCUCUUUAUGAGGAGCCUGAGAAACCUAACAAUGCACUGGAUUUCAUAAAGCUUCAUCUCGGGGCAGCUGGUCCAGAGCCAGCAGACACAGAGGCUCUUCGUACGGAGCUGGCUGAUCUACAACAGAAAUGCAGCGAGCUCAUGGAGGAGAACAAAGAGCUGAGGAGCAGGCUGAUGCAGUAUGAACCAUCGCCUGAUGGGGAAGGAGCAGAGUAGAGAGGUUGUCUUUGCUUUUGUGGAGGAAUAAAAAGAAAAAUGUUACUAAAGCCUUGUUUGUAGAGUAUGUAAAUGUUUAUUAAACAAUGGAUGUACAGUGAAUGCAAAAUCACUGUUACUUUUUUGUUGUAUAACAAGAAGCUUUCUAAAUUAAAAAUGACAUUUCAGCAUCAGCCUUUCUCUCUGUCCUGAAGGUCCUCGAUUUUGCUUACACAUGAAGAAAAAAAAUCUUUACAUUUUUUGUUUUUAACAACAUUUUGGAUUGAUAUUAACUUCAAUGCCUACUCAUGAAGUAAAAUUAAUUAAAAAAAAUAAUUAGGGCAUGUUGUUCACAAGCCUGAUGGAAAUUCUUGAUUUGUUAUUAAAGCUUCAUCAUGGAUGAAUUCAGAUGCUGCUACUGACUGAAGUGUCUGGCUACAAAGGAUCGCACUGCUUUUUGCAUUCUGCCAAAUCAUUAACCUUCAAAGUGACCAAGUGGAGUUUUUCCAAGACCACAACUGUACUCUCACCAGCCACUUUAAUAGGUACAUUCUGUCAUUACCUGAUUGGAGUGCCUUUCUGCCCAAUUCUUCAUGGCACAGAAACAUUCCUCAGGUCCAUAUUGGCGUCAAAGGCCCAAAGUGUGGCAAGAAAAUCACACUUUGAUCUUCACCACCACUCCCAGUCUGAACCACUGACUUGAGGCAUGUUGAAUCCAUCCUGUUCUGUUUUUCUACACCAAAUUCUAACCCUACCAUCCAAAUGGCAUUGUAGGAAUUUUUACUCAUCAGACCAGGCAAUUUUGUUCCAGUAUUCAGUUGGCUGAUUCUGGUGAGUAAGUGUGAACUGUACCUUCAGUUUCCUGCUCUUCGCUGACAGGGGCGGCGCUCGAUGUAGUCUUCUGCUGCUGUAGCAUAUUUGCUUCAAGGUUUGGUGCGUUCAGAGAUGCUCUUUGUUGUAAUGAUUUGUUAUUUCAGUUACUGUUGUCCUUUAAUCUCAGGGAAGUCUGGCUGCUCUCACUCAACAAAUCAUAUUACCCAGAGAACAGCUGCUCACUGGGUAUUUUCUGUUUUUCAGACCAUUCUCUGUAAAUCCUACAGAUUUACUCACUUGUUGGCAGGAAUUUGCUCACUUGUGUGGCAACAGUCAUGGAAACAUCAUUGUGGCUUAUAUGUAUGUUUUUCUCUAACCACUGUAAUGUUUUGCUGCAAGAGAAAUUUACAGCUGGAAGAGUCUUGAAGAUAUUUCAUGUCAAAAGUAACAAAGAAAACAGAUGAGUCGAGUUGACUCCUUUGUUGCAUAAAAAUGAUUGAAAUCAUAAUUAUGAUGCAGAGGUGCAAAAUCAGCCUCCACCAGCCAGUGGGCCCGCUCGAUCUCCCCCCGACAAGUUAAAAGGUGAACUAAAAUCCCCCCUUGUCAAAAGAAAAGAAAGAAAUCUAUAAAAUGCAUUAUUAUGUUAAUGAGGUAAAUGAUCCUAGGCAGUACUGUUAUUUAAGUCGAGGUCAACAGAGAGAAAACGACCCUUCUUUUGCUAUGAACUCUCAGACAGUAUAAAACAUGGACGCAGCUUCGAGGUCUGAAAAGUGAAGCCAAUGCAGAAACGCUUUAAACCUGCAUUCUUACUAAUGUCCACCAGGGGGUGGUUCCUGUGAUUUCAAAAACAACGUGGGUCUCAAAGAACUAGCCUUCUGCCCUGAGCUCUGCAAACACUUUCUCGAUUAGUUUAUAGGUUAAGUCACUCCGUUUGGGUCAUAUUAUUAAAAAAUAAGUCAAAAAACAGGAAGUAAAUGAAUAAAUGGAUAUUCUAAGGAAGAAGGAUUAUCCAGGAAAUGCUCAUUGGCUUACCACUUGUGA